AUGGAGUUGCCGAUGACGCUUGUGGAUGAAGCAGCCGGAGAUGAGAAGCAGGAUGAGAGGCAGGAUCAGAGAUGUGCCCUGAGGCCUCUCACCUUCUCAGGGACUCCGAGGCGCCGCUACGGUCUCCGGGAUGGCAGCCGAGCAGCCUUUGCGGUUGAUGGACAGACGAGAGCGGCAGCCUGGCAGCGGGAUCACAUACCGGCGGUAUUUGGUAACAGAAUGAAGCAUGUCAAUAUCCCUGUUUGCCCGUAUCCUUCAGUGCGGCCAACUAUGCUGGAUACUAUGUCCAGAAAGCCAACUCUUUUCAGUCCCAAGAGUGCUCAUAAGCUUCUGUGUAGAGAUAAGAAUAUUUUGUGGAAUCCCUACGAGCCUCUUGACGAGGACCUAACAGCUCAACCAAACUCACUUCGGACCAACAGAAUAUUUGAUUUAUCACUUCGUCGUGGUAUGCUCCCAUGGAGAAUUGCUACAUACAAGACGCACUUUUGCAUUUUGGAGCCAUACCACCCGGAACGUGCAGCUAGACAGUUCGGGUUGGAUCAAGUUGUUCCUCAUCUUCCGUUGACUAGUUUGGUAACUGAAUCUGACGUUGGGAUAGCAUAUGCUCACUGGCGACAUCUUCUACGCCCGAUAUAUGAGGACUCGCAUCUCAUACCAGAUGAGUAUCGUGUAGGACGUGCUUCACUGGCUUGGGUUAGAUGGUUCAGUGCUUUCAUAGAACCAUUUAACUCCAUUUUACACAGCUUGGGCCAAGAUAACCUCUAUGACCCUAUCAGUUUCGGGGCUAGACAAUGUGAUUAUCAUAUACACCCAGGUCUUGCUCCUCGAAAUCUAUCCUCUCGUGACUUGACUGUGGUGCAGAGGGUAGCUGAAGAACAUCUUCAGGAUUAUCUUGUAUCUAUCAUGAAUAAAGAGAUGACCAAUAAUGAUCAUUGGAAGAGAGAGCUGCACAACCUUCUGGGUGUACAGGUCGACUAUCAGGGUCAAACAGCCAUGGAGCGGGAUCACUUUGAAACAAACCCUGUUGCCGGUCCUUCAUCCCAACCUGUGUUACUUGACAACCUGUUGGCAAAAGAGAAUUUGAUAGAUAAUCAAAUUAUUGUGCCAGUUGAGAACAACAAGAAGCGUCACCCACCCUUGAAUAUCCUUUCAAGAGAUAAUGGGGAUCCACCAGCCAAGAGAAGGCUUGAUUUUACUGAUAUGGAUGAGGGUUGUGGCCCAGCCAUUGCACUUGCCCCCAACGUCACUCCCUUUGACGAAGAUCCCAAUCAAGAAGAUGAAGAUUAUACAGUCAUUACAGAUUUCGGUAUAGUGGAUAAGAAAGGCAAUUUACAGCCUCUUCCUUCUAUUGAAAGCUACAUUACUACCACGGGGUCAGGUGGGGAUUUUUCAAAGUCCCCGUAUAAUAUGACUCGUGUUGUUCUUCCUGACAUUGACUCAACUGAAAUUUCAGCUUUUAUCAAUGAUUGUGGACAGCAGCUUGACCAUCCAUCCUCCGGCCAAGCGUUAUCUAAGGAUACGCAAAGCAUGGACGCGACUGAGAUCGAGAAGAUUUUCUUGGCAACAGCAUAUCAGGUGUCACUAAAGGUUCUCAACGGGCUGGAUGUUACUACAUUGAAAGACCCGGAGCGAUGUGCCGCCCUGCAACUUACUUCGACUAGUCUCCCUGGGAAUUUUGCUAGCAUUUCCAAGAUCAAAGCUAUGCUGGACAAACUGGUUGCUAUUUCCCAACAAUUGCAACUUGCCCACUCUGAAUUUGAAGCAAGCUCUGGGCGAGUAGACCAAGCUGUUGGCCAGGAACUGGAGGAGAAGGAGGAAAAGCUAUUGAAGACUCAGUCUGCCCAGGAAUUAGAAGUGAAGGAGCAAGAACAAGCGCUGUGUGAUGCCACUACAAAGGCAAACAAGAGAGCCAAUGAUGACCUCCGGGCAAAGACGAUGGUUCCUAUCCAGGAAGCUGAGAAGCUUUGA